AUGGCUAUUGAGUCUGUAUCGAUUCCUGGCGGCCACGACACACACGCCUCGUGUAUGUUGUGCUCGACGCCUUCUUUGCAGUCGGUUUUAUCCAUGAAACAGGCCACUAGUUUUAGAUCCCACAGAAUCCCAGAAUCGUUUGAAUCGUUUAGUUCCAACAGCACCUCCAGCUCGCAGGACGAUUCGCUGGUGGAGUACUCGCCCGACGAGUGGAACUCCGACUCGGAUGUGGAGUUCGACUCUCACAGCUUCUGUUCGAUGCAGUCGUCGUACUUGCGCAAACCCACCAUCGACCAUCCGCUGGAACAACAAACCCCAUGGACACAGCAGCAGGCCCCAAUACCCACGUCGCAUCGGCCUGCCGGCUCCAAGCCGUCAAGAACCACCAAAUUGUUGCAAGCGGUGAAAAACAUAAAUAUUCUGCCAACCAACCCAGGCGCUUUCCUGUUCAAUGAGAGAAUGACCGACGAUAUCCUUCCUCCGCGCAAGCCGCAGGAGACCGUCGCCAUCCCGCUACAGACGUUCAACGUGGAAUCGCGCUCGACAAAGCCGCAGAAGUCGACCGUCUCCGUUGCUCCCGUGAGAGCCCGUGAGCCUCGCAUCAACUCGAACUUCCUCAGAGUGUACGCACUGGACUACACGUCGAAGAAAAACAGCAGACUCGGUCUGUCGGACUACGAGAUCGACCUGUACUACCAGGAGUUCUACGAGUCCGGACUGGACUCGUUUGACGAGUUUUUGGACGACGCUGGCUACGAGCUCACUCCGGCGCUGCGCACACAGCUCAAACUGGGCGUUCUGUCGCGCGACAAGCUCUGGAACAACGUCAUUUUGCCGCCAAGAAGCGACUCGGCCCAGCACACCCGCGAAAAGUACUUCCUCUGCGACGCCCGUGCCAACCCCAGAGUGCGCACCUCGGGCAAGUUUGUGCCCUGGCUCAACCUGCAGAACUUCAACAACAACAACAACAAGUGUGUGCGUCCGUACGGCCACAUCUCCAACCAGACGCAGUUCACCGUCAACGGAUGGUGCAACGAGCGCUGGAUCGCUCAAACUCGCUAA